UUCAGCUGAAUUGGAGUUGUUGGAUUUGGAUUGUGGAGUUUUUGUACAUCGGCAUUAGAUAAGGAACCCGGCCGAUUGGUGGCUGGACGGUAUGCCAUUUUCAGCUACUGCUUCUGUUACGGACUCAAUUCCCAGAUCGGUUGUGAGAACAAUUGGUGUGGGGUAUAUAGCUCCCGGAGUCGCAUAAAUAAACCUAGGCAUUAAAUAGGUUGAUAGCUUUGGAGUGAUUUGUAAACACAGAAGAAGAUGAAAGUGGGUAUGGAAAUGAAAGAGAGGAAUUGUUUGAUGCAGAAGAGGUAUUGAGCACUGCAAUUUAUGCACAGCUCGGCAUGGAGCCAUUCCCAAAAACUCCCCUCUCACCUGCCCCUCAUGUACAGAAUAGCAGUAGAGUGCCCCCUCCCCCUCCCCUGAUUUCUUCCUUGCCUUUAAGUGUAUCAAGUUCUCCCCCACCUUCACUCCUUACUUCUGCAUACUCUAAAAUCCCUCUCCACCUCCACCACCACCUCCCAUGGAUUAUUUCUUCUCAUGGACCUCCACCACCUUCCACUAACACAGAUUGUGUUCCUCCGAUUCUUCAACCACCUCCUGAAUCGGGAAUGCCUAGUCUACCACCAACUCCGGGACAGGGAGUGCUUUCUCAAUCUCUUCUGGGAUGCGGAAUUCUUAUUCCACCAUCUUCUCCACUACCUCCUGGAUGGGGAAUGCCUGCCCCGCCACCUAAAUAUAUAACCUCUAAUUCAAAUCAUGAUGAAAACGUGUGGAAUGAACAAUUGGCGGCAAAUCCAAAAAUUGCACCUUAUAGGAGAGGAGUUGAAACACAGAAUUGGGAGGAUAUUUGUUCUAUUUUCUCUGAAGAUUGUGCUGACAAAGGAGAUGAAAGAACAUUUCAAGAAGUAAAUGAUGAGAUUGGGGUUGAUUAUUCUACCACUGGAGAUUCACUUGACAGUUGUGAUGAAAAAGUUGAUGUUAGAGAUUCGUUGGCCCAACAAAAACUAAAGAAGACGACAUCUUCCUCAAACACUCAAGGACGGAAGAAGAAAUCAUCAAUGGAUAAGCUCAUAUCCGAUUGUAUGAAGCAAAUGACUACUGCUUUUAGUGACUAUUUGGUGGUGGAAAGGAAAAAGUCUGAACUUGUUAUUGCAGAAAAAGAGCUUAUGUUGGCAGAGAAGAAAAAACUGAAUGUCCAAGAAAUAGUAGCGGAGUUGAAGACAUUUUAUCUGAAUGACAUGCAGAUAAUCAAGGCUUUGGACUUGAUGAUGCACGAUCGCAUUCUCUUUGAUAUGUUUGCGGGAAUGCCAACCGAAUUGAAAUACAAGUGGCUUAAAGUGCAACUUGACAAGGGAAGUUGAUAAUUGUUUUAUGGUAUUUUACAGUUGUUACAUUGUAUAUUUGGUAAGUAAAUGUUGUAACUAAUGAGUGAAUGUAGGACAUAGACAUUAGGAUUCUUGAUCCUCUGCUCUCUUACCCUUUUUGUGAUGGCUUCUCCCUCUUUGUAAGUUUUGUGGCUUUUUAUGCAAAUUUUGAUGUGAAUAUCAAUAUUCCAAGUAGAAUGUAAAUGUGUU